UCUAUCAAUGCUCUGAUCUUUCUCUCUCUCGCGUACGAGUCGGUGAUUCCACGCUUUGAUCUUCAGGUUCUUAACAAUCUCGGUUUGUGAUACAAAGACCACCUUUGUGAGGUAGUUGAAGGUUUGCGAUUCCUUUCAUUCUUCCCCAAAUUCGUGUUCCCUUUUUCUUCGGAGAAUAUCAUUUUCUUGGAAUUGCAAGGGUUGAGCAUUUGGGGAUUCAUAGUACCUAGAAAAUGCAGGGAGGCCGAGGUCGCAGGGAUCCUUUCUCUGAUUUUGGUGACCCCUUUGCUAACUUUGGGGGCUUUGGCGGCUUUGGGGCUCACAGGAGUUUACUGUCUGGCUUUUUGGGAGGAAGGGAUCCAUUUAAUGAUCCUUUCUUCACACGCCCAUUUGGAGGCAUGUUUGAGUCGAGCUUCUUUGGUUCAAGUGGACAUCCUUUUAUGAAUAUGCAUCCCCCUGGACUACUUGAUGAUCCAAUUGGACGUCCAUUUAUGAAUAUGUACCCCCCUGGAUUUCUCGAGAAUCAAGCGCCAGAGCCAGAAAGGCCUAGGGGCCCAAUUAUUGAGGAAUUGAACUCUGAAGACGAAAAGGAAGAUACAGAUAAGGAGAAGAGAGAGAAUCCAAGGAAGCAUGGUAGGUCGAGCAGUGCUCAUUAUGUUGAGGAUCCCGAUGAUGAAGUUGAAGAGAAAAAGAGCAAGCAAGUGCAGUACAGGAAUGAUUACAAGCUGAAUGAUAUAAUGCCACAGUCUCGCUCUAGUUUUACCUUUGGGAGCUCCAGUGUCACCUAUGGUGGUCCCAAUGGAGCAUAUUAUACUUCAUCUAAUACUAGAAGGAUGGGGAGUGAUGGUUUGAGCUUUGAAGAAAGCAAAGAAGCGAAUACUGUUACAGGGCAAGCAAAACACAGGGUAUCUAGGGGAAUUCAGAAUAAGGGCCAUUCCGUUUCAAGGAAGCUUAAUUCAGAUGGUAAGGUGGACACAAUGCAGACCUUACACAAUCUGAAUGAAGAUGAGCUUACUGGAUUUGAAGAAGCUUGGAAGGGAAAUGCUAGAAAGAAAAUGCCUGGGUUGCCCGAGAAUUAUUUGAGUCUUGAACAUAUGGGGGCUGGUGGUAGUGGACAAAAUGGGCAGGCCAGCACGGGAGGUUGGGCACUUCCUUCAAUAGAGCCUGCACAGCCGUCGGUGAUACCAGAUGGCAGGAACAGGGCAGGAUACCCUGGCCCAGAUCUUUCGGGAUGGAAGAAGUCUGAUGUCGGAGACCCUAGCAGAUAUUCUAGAGGGAAAGGGAGAAAUUGAGGGGUGCUCGAACCAGCUCAUCACGCGCCCGCUGAACAAGUCCCCUUCCACUUUGAGGACCCACCCUAGCUCUGUAUUUUCAUGCAUUCCCCUUUAAAAAGUUCCCGUUUCCGUAGGGCAGUAUGGAUCUUAUGCAGUGCUUUGUUUAAGUAGUUAUGUGUAUACUGCAAGUAAUUUUUCUUGUUGAGUUUCAUGUACUGGAUGAUUAAUAUUGGAUAUUGGUUAAUAGAAUACUAUUUUUAGUGGGCUUUUAAGUCCUGUACUUCUGCUUA